CUAGAGAAAUUUUUAUAGAAUAGAAGAAAGUAUAGACCAAGCUGCAUCCAAAAAAAUAAAAGUAAAAAAGGUGAAGAAUCUUAAGAUGGAAAGCAAGCAUUUUCACGCGUUUGGGCCUUCAGCUAAUGUGGGAAUUAGAAUAAUCAAAUUGCUAAUGACUGUAAUUACUAAUUCCCCCCUAAAAUCAUACGAGCAGUACAAAACCAUCCAUUCAUGAUUCAUUCACAUAACAAAGAGGUUUUAGAGGUGAAGAAAGAAAGAAAGAAAGCGUUCUUGACGGCGCCAACCGCCACUCCGCUUCCACCUCCAGGCUUCAAGAACUUUCAAUGGGUUUGUGAUCUGGUGCAGUUGGGUGUAUUGUGUGUGAUGUUGCACUCCUCUUUCUGUUCUUGGAUCAAAAAGCUUCUUGCUUGCAUGGGGUAGGCCUUCAGAUUCCACUUCAAGAUUUUAAUGUUUUCCCUUUUAUUUGGUAAAUUUUUGCUGUUUAAGUUCUGCCUUGAUGCCAAGGGCAAAAAUAGGAAAGGCAGUGGAGGAAAUUGGGGAAAGUUGUCAUCUUUUUUAUGUUGAUUAGUUUUGUUAGAGUAAAUUCUUUGAUUUAUUUUGGGGUUUAGCCAUUUAGGGCAAGUUCUUUACAACUUCGUUUUUAUUUAAUUCAGUUUUUUCAGUUCAGAUCAGCACAUAAAUUUGCACGUGUUAAAUACAAGUUGCAACAAAAUUAUCCAACUUUCAAUUUGUUUCACCACUUCUCCGUCAAGUGAAAAGAAUUGACCCUUGCCAAUCAAGGUAUAGAAUGGUAGUAAUUUGCCCAAAUUUUAGAUCACUUAGGUUGAGAUAUAACUUACAAGAGCUGUUAGAACAAGAGGGUGCUGAUUUUCCAGAAGUUUUAUGAAUUAGUUCUUAGUUUGUGGAAGCAUAUAUUGUCGAAAAAACUUGAUGAUAUUAUAUGUUUGAAAGAAUCAAAGUCCUGGAUGAGUAUAUAAGGAAGAAAUAGAGGAAUUUCAAAUCAGAACCACGCAGAUAAAUUCCCAACAUUUGAUGUUUGAAUUUAUGUUGUUAUGUAUUCACAUGAAAGGAUGUCUUAUUGUCUUUUAACAGAAUCUGAAUAAUUAUGGGUAAUAGUUGGCAGAAUAUACCUUAUGGUUAGCUUAUAGUCUUAAGAAAAUAAAACUCAGAACUCCGAACCAAACCAGCCUCUCUACCCCUAAGUAGGGGAACGGUUUGCGUACACACAAUCUACUCUUGUGGAACUCUAGUGGGUUUGUUUGUUUCUUAGUUGUUGUACUCCAAACCGAACCACAGGCACUGGAGGAUAAAUUCCCAACAUUUGAUGUAUUCAACUCAAGAGUAGGUUUUGGAGGAGAAGAUGUACGCUAACCCUUUCCUCUACUCCAAGAAAUAGAAACCUUUUUC